AUGUCAGAAAUAAAAAUAGUUGCGGCUAGUAUAGUAAAUUUUCUGAGACAACAACUUGAAGGAGAUGUUUUAAGCAACGAUUCUCGUGAAAGCGUAGAAGUUGGUGUACAAUGUAUCGAAACCGCGUUUGAACUGAGCCCGGAGGAACUAGCACAAGGAAUCGAUCUGUUACAAUUGGUCCGUCAGCAACGCGGUAAUGCAAGUACCAAUCGUGCCGAUGCAGAGAAAUUAAAAAACGAGGGUAAUGAAUUUAUGAAAGCUGAAAGAUACCGUGAAGCAUUUGACAAGUAUUCAAAAGCUAUCGAAUUGGAUCCAAGGAAUGCUGUGUAUUUUAGCAACCGAGCGGCGGCACAUUUUAAGCUUGGUGAACAUGAAGCGGCCAUCGCGGACUGUACGGCGGCUCUUGCCCUACAGCCUAACUAUGGAAAAGCACAUGGGCGGCUUGGGCUAGCUCUAACUGCGCUGGACCGACAUCGAGAAGCUCGAGCUGCUUUCGCUCGCGCUGCCCAAUUAGAGCCAGAUAAUGAGUCGUACAAGGAAAACCUUCGCCUAGCUGAUGAAAAACUUGCACAAAGAGGAGAGCGCGGUCCAUUAGAUCUCGGUGGACUGCUACAAAACCCAGCACUACUGAACAUGGCAACUGAAAUGCUUGCCGAUCCUAACAUGCAGAACCUUAUAUCUGGACUGAUGACUAACACUACAGCAACAACUGAAACAGGAGGCAUGAAUGCACUGUUAGAAGCUGGUCAAGCUUUGGCACAACAUAUGCAAGCUGCUAACCCUGACCUAGUAGAACAACUGAGGAGGCAAGUUCGUCCUCCUGGCCAAGGGGACAAUCAACCACCAUCUCAAUGA